GCGCCUUCGAGCCCACAGCUGGCCCGGCAGCUGACUCUCUCUCACGUAACACACAGGGGAGAGAGAGACAAGGACGGCUGAGGAGCAUGCUUCAACCUAAAUAGCCAACGUCAUUAGAUAAGAGCGCUACGAUAAGGAGCAGCGUUCAUGCCCAGUGUUGAGCAGGUGUAGCAGUGGAGACAUGCACCCCGCGCGCAUGGCGACGGCCAGGCGGCGAGGCGCCGUCGGUCUGCUGGCAGUGAUGCUGCUGGGCGCGACGCUGCGACCGAGCCGGGCCGAGUCGCAGGAACACGACCUGAAGGGCGAGGAUGCGCCGCCGCGAGAGCAGGGCAACCAGCUGGCGGAGACGGACGCAAAGGGGCUGCCGAUUUACACGACGCUCAACGGCUCGGUGACGAACCUCAACGAGAUCCUGCCGGCGAUACACUUGAACCGCACCAAGGCCUACCUGAACUGCUCGCAGGGCAGCAUGCAGGUGCAGCUGGAGUUCAAGGAGCCGUUCUACGGGCUGGCCUACGCCGACUUCGACCGCAACAGCGCCUGCGUGACCAAGGGUCGCGGACUCAACACCGCCUACAUCGAGCUGCCACUGAAAGGUUGCGGCACCAAGCAGGACCCGCUGCGAGUCUUCACCAACAACGUGGUGGUGCGCUUCCACCCCGAGUUCGAGAUCGACGGCGACGAGGUGAUCACGAUAGUGUGCCGCUACCCACCCGCCGUAGCGCUCAAGCCCGAGCCGAUCUACCUGCCCGCCGCACCGCCGGUGCCGGUGGCCGGACCCGUGCUCAGCCCCUUCCACAUCCUACUGAUGAUCUGCACGCUGCUGUUCCUGGCGCUGCUGCUCACGGGGCUGGGCUGCUCGUACGUCUGCCUGCGGCGCCGCCCGGUGCGCAUCGUCGAGCGGACCCACCUGGCCGGCUCGGAGAUCACCAAGAUCUCGGGCUCGUCGGCCCUUAGCCGGCUCUCGGUCUUCGACAACUUCCAGAUCCCGCGCGUCCACGGCACCCAGCAGAUCUACGGCAGCGAGGCGCAGCUGGUGGUCGAGCCGUCCGACACGCUGCCCAGCGACUACCCGAGCGAGAGCCACUCCGAGGUGGAGCAGCGUGCCUCCAGCUCGCUCUACUCGGAGACGAUCAACGAACUGGAGAGCGGCCGCGUCGGCCAGGUGCGCCAGCAGCAGCAGCUGCUGCUCUGCGAGACGCUGCAGGCGGCAGCGCCCAAGUUCGAGGUGCAGAUGCGCCUGAAGCAACGCGCCCUGGCGGCCCCGAGUCCGCCGCCCUCCGAGUCGGAGGCUAGCCUGGCGCUGGAGCGCAACCUUACGACGAUCCUCGAGCGCGAGGAGAGCAGCCGCAGCCUGACCAGCUUCGCCUACGCGCCGGAGCUGCACCAGCCGCCGGCUGCGGCGCCGAGCAGCCGCCAGCAGACGCCGCCGGUCUACUCGCGGAUCCUGCGCAAGCAGCAGGCCGAGGCCGCGGAGAUGGAGGCAAGCGAGGCCACGCAUGCGAGGUACCGCGUGGCAACUAUGCUGGCCCCGAGCGGCUCGCCGCCGCCGCUGCCGGCCCAGCCGCAGCCCGCCCUGCUGUCCCACCUGAGCGCCAGUGCCGUCGAGCAGCUGCGCGAGGAGGUGGAACCGUUGGUUGAGCCGGUGGUCGCAGCGAGACGCCCCGAGAUCACCACCCACGAGGUAGACGACGUGUUUCUGCGCACCGUCACCGAGAAGAAGACCAUCGAGGACAUCGAGCGCCAUCGCCGCCAAGUCACGGAGUACCGUGCCAGACAGCAACAACAAGCGGAAAACAAGCCGGACCCCAAGUGGGACGUGACCAUCAGGAACUACCCCAGCCAGCAGCUGCCACCAACCCCGCCCGACUGGGAGAACUUCUCGGACGUGAGCUCCGCCUCGAACCUGACCUUCGGGCAGCCGCUCGAGCCGGCGGCGGCGCAGCUGCAGACGUCACAGCAGCAACAGCAGCAGCAGCAGCAACAGCAGCAGCAGCAGCAGCAGCAGCAACAGCAACAGCAGCAGCAGCAGCAACAUCAGCAUCAUCAUCAUCAGCAGCAGCAGCAACAGCAGCAGCAGCAGCAGCAGCAGCAGCAGCAGCAGCAGCAGGGACGAUCGCGUCAGCGACAGCCCGAGGCGGAACAGCCGCUGGACGACGACCACAUCCAGCCCACUUACACCUACGGUAGAACCGAGCUGUCCCGCAGCUCGGCCAGGCUCGACGAGCGCGAGCGGGAACUCGAGUUCGAGGCGGCCGGCCUAGGCGGCAGCGAGACCAGCGGCUGGCAGCACCUCGAGCGCGUUCUCGAGCCGCAGUACGCCGGCGAGCUGACCGACGACGAGCGCUUGAAGUGGAGGGAGAUCAUCACGACCGAGAGCACGCUGCGCACUCUGCUGACCGAGGCCAUCGUCAAGGAGGACUACGAGCUGAUCAGGAAGGACGCCAGGUACACCGGCCUCUUCCCGGCGGCCAAGUGGGACGUGAUCAUCCGCAUCAUCAGCCCGCCGGGCAGCGGGCCCGCCGCGGGCACCGCGCCCGGCAGGAGCGGCCAGCGCUACAAGCGCGCCAAGGGCUCCGAGUGGGACAACCGCUCGCGCAGGUCCUCGCUGCCGACGCUCUACGAGUACGAGAGCGAGGGCGGCAGCCUCGGCCAGGAGCAGCUGCGCCAGGCGGCCGCGGCCUCGACCAGCAGACCAACAAGCGCCGUGACAACGCCCCGCAACGCUCGCGCUCGUUUCAGGAGGCUCAGCUCGACGACGAGGGGCGGCAGCGAGGCGGACCUGCGCUCCAUGUCCGAGAUGACGGUGCGCGACUUCGCGCGCCUCGACAGGGACGAUCAGACGAGCUUGUCCUCGUACGAGGGCGAGUCGCUGGUGCGCUCGCUUAGCCAGCCCAGUCUGGCGCGCUCGGGCUCCGAGUUCACGGAGCACUGGGCCGUGCCGGCGCGCAGUCUACCCAACUGGGCCCUCGACGACGAGGCCUGCAGCUCGCCGGAGCCGACGCCCCGGCCGCUGCGCCGCCAGCUGGCGACCGUCUACAGCGAGAGGGAGGUGCGCGUGCAGGCCAGCAGCGGCGGCGCCAUCGCCGUCGCCGGCCAGCGGCCCUCCAGCUGGUUCCACGACGACUCCGAGCCCGAGAUGCACAUCUGAGCGUGCCUGGCCUGCCACUUGCCGCCUGUCGCCUGCCUACCUACCCUCGUCCUCGACAGUCGCUGCUGCUUGCACAUAUUACCACGCGCCAUCUUGUCUGCCACGGCUGCGGAAACGUCUCGUGACAAUGAAUGCGAGCAGGGUGACGAGCUGCACAGUGCGACUGUUUGAUCUCGAGCAACCGUAAAUCUCGGACGUGUGCGCGACGCGUUCUCGAUUAACGUUCAGCCUUGAAUGGGGAAUUGAAACGCGUCGAGUCAUAAAGUAAUUUUUGUACAACGGGUGCGGCUCUCCCCAUCUCCCCCCCCCCCCCCGCCCUCCUUCUCUCUUUGCCAAACGCGUUUUCCGUUGUAGUUUCUUGCCCGUUCACCGACGGUGAAUUACGACAAUACGUACUUGCUGGAUUUUCCUGUUGCUACUUGUGCCUUCUGUCUCUGGCGUUUUCAUCACACUUACGAACUCUUUCAUCCCUUGAUGCUUUAAAACGAGUGGAACUGUAGAGUCCAGCGACUCGCAACGUCAUUAUCAUUGCUUUUUCGUACGAGGCUUUCAAGCUAACCCUUUUUGUUUUGAAGCGACGCUGCCCUCGUCGAAACUUGGCUUAUUAUUCCUAACCGGACAAAGGACACGGCCCGCGACAAUACCCGACAAGCGCCACACUUGCCGAAACUGCUCUACUGACGUAUCUAUUGCAAGCUCACGAGCUGCACAAAUCAAUGACAAACCAAUUGGAUCACUAGUCUAAGAAUCUUGUAAAUAUGGCUUUAAUGAAAAGAGUACGUUUCUCGAAGCGUUGUCGGGUGACGCUGGUAACCCUCUGUCUUUUCUAAGCGCAUUAGUGAUAAUAGUUACAUAAGUUGCGAAAAUGAAAAGCAAGUUAAUCGUAAAAAGAGAAAAAAAACAGAAAAAAAAAACAGAAACGGUGCUGGGUCUGUGCUUUUUUCGAGCUACAUUAAUUUUUUUACUCUGUAUCACAAUGUAACAAUGUAUACCUCUUGUCCCUAACUCGUAAGAAGUCGACAGAUAUAUUCUUUUACAUAGUUGUACGCGAGUAAGCGAGCACAAGCGACUAACGAGCGCAUCUAGCGUGGAAAGAGCAACGUACGUGGCGUGCGUGCGACAUUGCCUCCGAUUUGGUAGGAUGUAUAGAUGGCGGAAAAGGAGUAAAGCAAAGAAUGAAGCAACGGCAAUACACGGCAAUACGGCCGCUCUGUGCAAUAUUUAAAUGUCUAGCAGGCAAAAUGAACGCUUGGCAGCCAAGCCAAUAACACGAGCAGUUACGUAUGCGAUAAUAACCAAUUGCUUAAGAGGCCGUUGUUAAUCGCACUAAAUGCGCCCGAGGCGCGCUCUUGCCGAAUCCCUUGGCAGUAUCCUAGCUUGUCUCAUCUUAUUUUUUAUAAAAAUGCGCGACAGUCUAUCAAUUAUCGAUGUGUGAUUGUUAGGUGCUAAAUACUGAUCUGUAAAUACGGACUCUACCGCGAUUCACAUUCAGUGCCUCUUUAUCGAAUUUAGAAUCGGAGUGCGACUAAUCGAUCAAUUUAACCAUUCCAUUGUCGUGCUGCGCUCCGCGGCGACUUUCAAACUUUGUCAUUGCAACUUCGAUAUAGAAACUAUAGAGAACGACGAUAUAUUACACUGACAAAUAAACUGAA